AUUAUGAGAACCGUCGUCCCCAGGUUUAGAGAGAAAAUCACAGCUCUUGAAAGUUUCCAAAGAGUGGCGUCAUUGGAUGUUGAUGAACUCCUUGGAGAGCUCAGAACUUUUGAAAUCAACAACAAUUAUGACAAAGUUAAAAGUAAAGGCUUAGCUCUCAAAGCUGCUGUAGUCGAGGAAAGAGAAGAAAGCGAUGACGAUGAAGGUCCGUUGGCAGAUGAUAGUGAGCUGAAGGAAGCACUAACCUUAAUCGCGCGAAACUAUGGGAAGAUGAGUCAAAGGCUGUACAAGAACAAAUUUGCUGGAAAAAAGGAGAACAGUUUCAGCAAGAAUGUGGUGCAGGACAAAAAAAGUAGUAUGCCACUCUCAAAAUCCGAUUCACAACGAGUCGAGAAGGAUCAAUGUAGGGAGUGUCGAGGCUUUGGGCACUUCCAGUAUGAAUGUGCUAAUCUUAAGAAGAAGAAUAAGUCACUGAAGGCAACCUGGGAAGAUUCAGAUGAAGAGGGCGCAGAUGAACCUUCGUUGCACACAAGUAACCUGGCGGUUCAUACCUCAGUCAAGAAGUUCAUGUGUCUCACCACUUCUCAUGCUCCGACCAAGUUUGAAGAAAUUUUGAAAGAAACUGAAGCAUCUGAGGAUGAAUCAGAUCAAAUUGUGUUUGUAGAUCCAGUUCACUUGCUUGCUAUGGAAAA